GGAAUCACUUAGAAAUGGGAUUCCUUCUUAAAAUCCUUAGAGAAAGCAUGUUUCCUCGAAAGCAAUGACUGGGAGUCCUUGCAAACGUUUGACGGCGAAAUGCUUUUGAAGUAUAAAUAUGAGUAAAAUUCACAGUAAAAUCAUCAGUUUUCUAAGAGAACGCAUCCACAGUAAUCAUGCAGGUCAUCAUCUUCUUUGCUCUUUUUGCUGCCAGCCAAGCUGCAGUACUCCUUGGUGCCCCAGCUCUGGUUAGCACAGGUGGAAGCACACAAUAUAGAGCUCAAGAUAACAUCGGAAACUACAAUUUCGGAUACAAUGAAGGUCACCUUAGUGGUGGGACUUUCAGAAAGGAAGCUGGAGAUGUUUUUGGCAACAAAGUUGGCUCUUAUGGAUUGAGAGAUGCUGAUGGUAGAGUCCGAGUUGUGAAUUACGUGGCUGAUGCUGCUGGCUUCAGAGCUGACAUUAAAACCAAUGAACCUGGAGUCGACCCAGUUCAAGAUCCUGCUUCAACCACUGUCAACAAGGCUCUUAUCGCUGCUCCAGUCAUAAGCUCAUAUGCUGCUCCAGCAUUGGCUCCAUACGCAGCUCAUAGCUUGGCUCAUUAUGCUGCUGCUCCUGCCCCCUUCGCAUACGCUGCUCCAGCUCAUCUUGGUCAUUAUGGACUUUACAACCCUGCAGUCAAUGGAUUUUAUGGAUACCAUUUGUAGACAAUUCGCUUCUAUUUAUUUUGACUGGAUCUCAAUUUAAUGUUUUGCGUUGUUGUACGUAGUUAAAUAAUAUAAUAAAUUA